UGCUGGUAUCUGUCGGGUGCAUGUGUGCGCGCUCGGUGCGUGCUACGGCUGCUGCUUGUCACACAUUGUGCCGCGGCGCUAACACGGGCAGCGACAAGGACCAAAAAAUCCGUCCGGUAGCAGUUGUUAUCCCUGGAAAAAAAAAAGAAAAAGAGAGAAAAGAAGAAGGCUGAUAUCUGUUUGUCCUCCCUCGCUCCUCUCCUCCCCCUGAAAAACUCACCCUCAGUGGAGACGCCGCUGGUUUUAAAGUGCUGCUCUUCAAGGAGAAUAUCUGAGACACAUUACAAUGCUUCAAAUAAGGGACCUCAUCUGGGGAUUGCUGUUCAUUGGCUGUGCAGCUGCCAUUCAGGUGCAAAUCACUCCAACACAAGGGGAGAUCAGCGUCGGAGAGUCCAAAUUUUUCCUGUGCGAAGUGGUGGGAGAUGCUAAAGACAUAGACUGGUACGAUCCCAGCGGUGAGAAGAUCCUCCCCAACAGGCCGGAUAUCUCCGUGAGCCGCAACGAUGAAGCCACGUCGACUCUCACCAUCUACCACGCCAACGUGGACAGCGCUGGCAUCUACAAGUGUGUGGCGAAGAACGGAGACAAGGAGGCCCAGGCCACGGUCCAAGUGAAGAUCUUCCAAAAGAUCACCUUCCAGAACGCUCCGACCCCUCAGGAGUUCAAUGAGGGUGACGACGCCGACAUCGUCUGCGAUGUUGUCAGCUCGCCGCCAGCCACCAUUAUUUGGAAGUAUAAGGGCGCCACCAUCCAAGCUUCCAAAGACGUGCGAUUCAAGAUCCUGUCAAACGGCCAUCUGCAGAUCCGCGGCAUCAAGAAGACGGAUGAGGGAAUGUACAACUGUGAGGCUCGAGUCACGGCCAGGGGAGAAAUAGACUUCAGGAUGAUGAAGGUCAUUGUUAAUGUCCUUCCCACCAUCCGGGCCAGGCAGUCGGAGGUCAACGCUACAGCAGAUGUUGGCAGCUCUGCCUUGUUGGCUUGUGAUGCAGACGGAUUCCCCGAACCCACCGUUACCUGGGCUCAUAACAACGUUGUCCUUGAAACGGGUGAUAAGUACAGCCUGAACGGGGACGGCUCAGAAUUGGAAAUAAAAGAUGUCAAGAAGGUGGAUGAAGGCGAUUACACUUGCAUCGCCAAGAACAAGGCAGGAGAGAAAACUGAGGAAGUCAGCCUGAACGUGUUCGUGCAACCCAAGAUUACCUUCUUGAUUAACCAAAGCGCCUCAGAGUUUGACGAACAAGUCACCCUGACCUGCGAGGCCUCCGGUGACCCCACACCUGCCAUCUCCUGGAGUUUUGGAAACAGAGUCUUCACUGAAGGAGAGCAGGCUUCAUGGACGCGACCAGACAAAUACGAGAGCCUUGAUAGAAACGUCGUGGUUCGCAGUCAUGCCCGGGUUUCCUCCCUCACCCUGAAGAACGUCCAGUUCACGUACGCCGGCCAGUAUCUCUGCACCGCCAGCAACUCCAUCGGUCAGGACAACCGUCACAUGUACCUGGAAGUUCGCUAUGCUCCAAAGAUCCUGGGUUCAGUGACGGUGUACACGUGGGAGGGAAACCCGGCCAACAUCAGCUGUGAGGUGGACGCUCAUCCAGGAGCUGAAGUGGUUUGGUUCAGAGACGGCCUCCAGCUGCCCAACGCCAACACCACCAACAUGAAGGUCUACAACACGCCAACCAUCAGCUACCUGGAGAUUACCCCUGAUUCUCAAAAUGACUUUGGCAGCUACAACUGCACAGCGACCAAUGUGAUGGGCACCGAAUCCAAGGAGUUCAUCCUCAUCCAAGCAGAGGUUCCAUCAUCGCCAGAAAUUCAACAAGUGGAACCUUUCUCCAGCACAGCGGUGGUGGAGUUCGAGGAGCCCGUCUCCAUGGGUGGAGUGCCCAUUAUCAAGUACAGAGUGCAAUGGCGUUCGCUGGGGCAGGAAUGGACCGGCAGGGAGUACGACGCCGAGGACGACAUGACCAGGAUCACCAUCGUUGACCUGAAACCAGAAACCACCUACGAGGUCAAGAUGUCCGCCAUCAAUGGCAAAGGCGAAGGCGAGAGCAGCACGGCCAGCACUUUCAAGACCCAGCCAGUCCGCUAUUCUUUCACAAAGGGCAGUUCGUUCCAUUACUUUAAUGUGGCUUCAGUUUCAUCAUCGAUAUCGCCCACUAUCGCUGCCACCGCUAUGACCCGUAGGGAACCCAGUGCCCCCAAACUAGAGGCCAAGGCCCAAGGGGGCAAUUCUCUUAAGGUGAACUGGAUCAAGCAGGACGAUGGUGGUUCCCCUAUUAAACACUACCUGGUCAGAUACAAGGCUACGCAUGUAUCUGACUGGAAACCAGAGAUCCGCCUCCCCCACGGCAGUGAGUACGUAUUGCUGAGCGGCCUGGACUGGAAUACAGAGUAUGAGGUCCGUGUGGUGGCAGAGAACCAGCAGGGCAAGUCUAAGCCUGGCACCCUCUCCUUCAGAACAGCCGUAGAGCCCACCACCAUCCCAGACGCUGUGGACGGCGGCUCGGGCCUGGGCACCGGCGCCAUCGUGGGCAUCCUCAUCGUGGUCUUUUUCCUGCUGCUGGUGGGCGUGGACAUCACCUGCUACUUCCUCAACAAGUGCGGGCUCCUCAUGUGCAUCGCUGUGAACUUCUGCGGGAAGGCCGGCCCCGGGGCCAAGAGCAAGGACAUCGAGGAGGGCAAGGCAGCGUUCACGAAAGAUGAGUCCAAGGAGCCCAUUGUGGAGGUGAGAACAGAGGAGGAAAACACCCUCAACCAAGAAGGAGGAGGUCCCACCGAGCCCAACGAGACCACACCGCUGACAGAACCCGAGCCUGCGGCUGCAGACACCGCCCCCCUGGUGGUGAACCUGCCCCCCAGCGCUGCCGUUAACUCGGUUACUGAGAGCUUUAGCACGGCACAGAGCAGUCCUGCUAGCGAGAGCACCACACUAACCACCAGCGCCUCCAGCCCAACCAAAGCCACCCCCGCCAAGUCCUCCCCCAAAAACUCUCCCAAAACUAACACCCAGCCUGAAGUCGGGCCCCUGGUUGACCUGAGCGACACCCCUAAAGUUGCCCCCUCGUCCAACCCGACUCCCCCUGUGUCAGAACCCCUGUCUGCUAACGCCGAUGGGCCACAGGGUCAGCGUGACUCAGUCAAACCCCCCGACAGCAGCCAGAGUCAGGACUUACAAGUAGACGGCCCGGCCAAGGAUGCCCCCAAUGCCCCGUGCACAGACUCCACCACAGCAGCCCAACAUGACGGUAAGACAGUGAAGGAUGAUAACACUAAAGGCGAGACGGAGGUGAAGAACGCCAUGGCUGAGGUGAAGACGGUCCCCAACGAGGCUCCUCAGACGAACGGCAACGAGAGCAAAGCGUAAAACCUCAGAGAGCGUCCCGAAGAAGAAGAGGAGGAAGAAGAGGGGCAGGUUAGGGCUGGGGAGGGUGAUGGGAUGAUGGGGGGGUUUUAGGGUUAACAGGAGGGGGUGGUCACAGUCACUGAAACCUCAAAGCAAUUUCACACACCACCCCAUCGCAUUAAGAGGAAAAAAAUUCAACCAGAAAGGAAAAAUCAAACAAAAUCAUGGGUCUCUUUCUUCAGUGUCUUCAGACCUCAUGCACUUGCCUUAGUUCCUUUUACAUUCAUCACCAAUUAAAACAAACAAUACAAGCUAAAUUCAUACGUGUUAUUCACCCUCUUUCUCGUACGCAACGUUAAAAUGGAUCAGCUGUUAAAUACGGAACAGAAUCUCUGUUGUUUUCUCUAGAUAGCCAUGGUUGGAUUGUAGCUUUACUUCACAGAUUACUGCCUUCAUGAUGUGGAAGACGUGUACAUUCCCAAUACUACUACUCUGUAUGCAGUACGGUCAUCAUCGUUGUCAUGGAUUUUGGGUCUUUUUGUUUCCUUUUGUUGAUAUUUUUUGUUGAAAUAAUGUGCAGACGUCACUGCCUAUUUAGCUUUUUUUUUUUUUUUUUUUUUAAAUGUUAUUUCCAGUGCUAGAGAUUAGAACAUUAGCAUGCCUGUGGGAUUUUUGUUUGUUUUUUUGUUGUUGUUGUUGUUUGCAAACUUACUGUAUUUCUGUACAUGUUGCUUUCAUUUGGAUCUUAUUCAGAUGUCUGUUUUUUUUCCGUCUUCCUUAAAGUUAAGUUCAUACACGUUUGGCUGAUAUAUUUUAGAAAAUACAGUGAAGGUGGUCUGGAUGGAUUUACAGCAGCAUCAUGGAUGAGGUCUCAUAAAGAAAAAGUAAAUACUGAAGCAAAUGUACCUAUUUUCUUCAAUGAUAAACAUAUUUUCUGUUGGAUAUUAGCCGUUUAUGAACUUAACUUCCAGGAGAUGGGAAUAGGGUGGGUUUAGAUGAAUGAAAUAGUCAAAAAUAUUUGUUUUCAGGGGCUUCAUCCCUUCGCUUUUUCAAGACUGAAUCCACCACAACAGCUCAGAAAAAGGUGUCCAGUUCCAAAGGAGAAAUACUGCCUUAUUUUGUCUGAAUUAGAUUAUUUUUGAAAAGAAAAACCCCCAUCCUUUCUCUCUUAAGUAUCCUAAAAUAACACAGUUCAUUUGCUCAUCCUGCUUCCAGUCUUCAUCAAACACAGAAGGUCAUUGAUAAAUACAUUUUACAAACUGGACCAGUGAAAAUUAUUUUAAAAACACAGGAUGUAAAUAAUGGAAAGCUAACUUAAAGUCCACCGUUUCUUCUGGGUCGUAGUAAAUUAUGAGCUUAGAUUUGCCAGGAACAGCUCUCUAUCCCGUCUUCAAAUGUAGUUUUUCUCUCUAGGAGUAGGUAGUAGCGAUGAAGUUAGCGGUGAAUCCUCUGAGGAUCACGACCCCCUCACAGCCUCCAGUGCCAUCGUUUGUUCAGCACACACGUGUUCUGGCUCACGGAUCAUGCAUGUGCUGUUAAUGUUGUUGUAAAAUGCUUUUUUUAAAAAAGAUUGAACACACCUUUAACUCCUUUUUUUUCUCACAAACAAACGCAUCAGCUUUUCCAGAGGUUUCCUUUAGUGCUUUACCUGACAGGUUUGAGGCAGCGUGUCGUUCUGUCCGGUCAAUAUCAACUUUUAUUUAUGGACUGAAAAGAAAAAAAGUCUUAACCUCACUGGAAAAAAUGUCCCUCUCAAAACAGGAAAAAAACUUAUGUCAAGGAACUUUUACCUUGAAAUAAGUGAAAAAAUCUGCCAAUAGAAGAAGUGAAAAAUGUCUUGGUAAGAUUUCUUGAAAUAAGAUUUGAUAUUUAGAAUCUUCAGAUCUUAAAAUUAGCUGGGAAAACUUAUUUUAAGCUCUAUUUUACCAGGACUGUCAAGCUUAGGUGUCUUAAAAUCAGCCAGAUAUGCUUAAAAAAAAAAAAAAAAGAGCAGUUUUCACUCACAGAUUUUUGCUUUCAUGUAACCUCCUAAUUUGAGAUGUAUUAAACUUACAAGUUUUCUUGUAAAAUUCAACUCAAAACAAGAUAAUUUCAAGUUUGUUUGACUUAACAAGAUAUUUAAGAUGUCUUAAAACAAGUCCCUCCAUCUGCUGAAAUGUCUCUUGUUCAGUGAAUUUAUCUUAAAUCAAGUGGGAUGAGACAUUUUGACCAAAAAUAAGACACAUAGACUUGGUAGGAUUUAGAGUUUUUGCAGUUCUCGGCCAGACUGGUUGAAUAUUCCACGCACCAAUAUCAAAUUCUGUCCUUCGUAUCUGAUUUUUUCUCUUCUAACCUUUAUUUCCCUUUCUGCCUUAACCUCCAACAUCCCCUGAUUAUCAGCGAGAGCGCCGAUGGCUCAACUUGCUGCUGAGAUUUCUCCUUUCUAACCGUCUGAUUGCCUCAGCCAGAGCUGCUCCAGCGACUGUUGUCAGUGUGAGUUUUUGUCAACGCUGCUCGAAGCGUUUUGCUGUUAAUUAUUUAAAUAGUUUGUGCCUGCAGUGACGUGACUCGUGUCGUAGAUGUAGGAAAGCUGAUUCUGAUUUCACUUCAUCAUGCAAACUUUCACCCGUCCAGAUAUUAAAGGAAUCGGUUACGUUGAGUUGAAUAAAUGGCCACUACAGCUCAAACACAUUUAAAUAAUGCGGUAUUUAACAUUUCUUCAGAGUUUGGAUGAAUUUUAAAGGACUACAUUGAUUUAUUUGAACAGUUUUUUCAUCAGUCGGUUUACUCGAUAUAAAAGAGCACCAGUUCCAUCAUUAGAGUCUGUCUCCAGUAGAUCUAUCGUGCAUCUUCCGUGCACGCAGGCAGCUACCAUUACACUACAAAUCACUACAGCAGAUGUGACAGUAAACAGCUGAAACCUGUGAACACAUGGAAUCUUUUUACUGCUGAAAAAACAACCGUGCUGUCCGGUGGGAUCGGUCUAAAUCUAGAUUUACCUUUAACCCUCCUGUCGUCCUCAUCUAUUUUAUUUUUUUAAUUUUAUUAUCCCUUAUUAAUCCUACAAGGGAAAUUCUGAUUUUUGCAUAUCCCUUCAAUUUGGGGGUCAGAGCGCAGGGUCAGCCGCGGUACAGCGCCCCCUGGAGCAGGAAGGGUUAAGGGCCUCGCUCAAGGGCCCCACAGUGGCCACAUCGGGGUUUGAACCUCUGACCUGAUCAGUAGUCCAGAGACUUAACCGUUGCACCACCACUGCACCAUUUAUGGGCACCAAAAAAUACUGUUUCCUUGUCUGAAAAAAAAUCAAAAAAUUCAGCCAAAAAAAUUCCAAUAAUUCCUUAAAUGUUUCCCUUAAAAGUUUUAUUUUUUUUAAAAAUCCCCCAAAUUUGGCAAGAAAAUUCUUGUAAAUAUUUUUCAAAAAAUGAGUAAAAAUCUUCUUAAAAAAAAAUCCUAAAAAUAUCUAAAGUGAUUCCAUAUAUGUCAGUAAAACUUGUAAUAUUUUCUUUAAGAACAUUCACAUAAAAAUCAACCAAAAUCCAGUGAAUUUCGCUGGAUUUUGUUAGAUAUUUUUGUGAAUGUUCUUAAGAAACAUUUUUAACAUUUCUUUUUUUCCCCAACAAAAAAGUUUCAAAGAUUUCCCAAAAAUGUUGAAAAUGUUGACAUCAGAAGUUUCACUGUGAAAAUAUAUAUUUUUUCCACAUUUUCAAACUUUAAAACGGGUCAAUUUUGACCCACAGGACGACACGAGGGUUAAAACCAUCCAGACAGUCCAGGAGAUUGUCAGAAUCAGAAUGUUUAGUGGAAAAUAAAACUAUUUCUUUGUGUCUGCUAUUCUACGGUUGCAGGUUGAGAUACCAGCAAACACUGCCAAAACAUAACACCAACUAACAACUAAUACAAGCGUUUUAUGUAACCAGCCUUCAUUUAUUUUCUUCACCAGCAUCUCUAAUCUCAUUUAUCACUUCACCUCUCCAGACUGUCGACCAGUCAGCUCUACUAACCCGCUCUGAGCACUUCCUUACAGUCUUACUAUACAUUAUUCAUAUUCAUGCCGGCUGGUGAUGGUUAUUGAGCAUUCUACACAUGAAAUACAGAGAAAAAGUGUCUUCGAUGCAUGUUGGGAAACAAAACCAGUGUGUAAAACUGUCAAAGUUUAGUCUAAACCAGGGGAGUCAAAUUCAUUCUAGUCCAGGUUCCACAUUGAGCCCAGUCUGAUCUCCAGUGGACCGGACCAGUAAAACCACAGCAUAAUAACCUGUAAAUAACCACAACUCCUAAUGGUUCCUUUGUUUUAGUGCAAAAAUGUUCAUUCUGAAAAUGUUCACAUUUAAGGAAUUAUCUUUUUGCAAAACAUGACCAACCUGAACAUAAAUUCAAUUUCAUCAACACAGCCUCAGUUUAUCAUUUCCACAUUACAACUUCCAGAUCACAGAUUGUCUACAAAGGAACACAACAUUUAGUCACCUGGAACUGAACCAGAGAGGAUUUUACUUUAUGAUCACAGCAACAAAAGUCAGACAAGAAAGACAAAAAACAACAAAACCAAGACAAAAUAUUACAAAAAUGAGACGCAAAAUGACAAAACAUGAGACAAACGACACGAAACAAAACACAAGAGACAAAAAAAUAGACAAAAAUGUUACAAAGCAUCUAAAAAAACGGACAAAUUUCACAAACGAGACCAAAAAAUAUGACAAAAAACACAAGCGAAACAAAAAGGAAACACAACAAAAGUCAGAAAAAGACAAAAAACAAAAACGACAAAAUAUUACAAAAAAUGAGACACAAAACAACAGCACAAUGAAGAAUCUAGUAUUUUACUUUCUGACCCAAACAACUUGUCAUGGUCUAGAAAUGAUUUUAAAUUUAUAGUUUUACUAAUUUACAAUCUGCAGUUAAUGUCUUCUCUGGAAUUUUUACACUUUGAGGGCCGGAUUGGACCCUCUGGAGGACCGCUUUUGGCCCGUGGACCACAUGUUUGACUCCCCUGGUCUAAACUUCUAAAAGAAGCUCAAACUGUCGCAGGUCCUGAGGAUUCCUUUGGAAAAACGUGCUGAUUAUUUUAAAGCUGUCUGUAAAUGAAGCCGUUACCGAGCAUCGCCUCUCACUCGUUCUCUCUCUUUAUUUCUAAAUCAAAUCCAAAUGAAUAAAUCUGGCCUCUUUUAAGCAGGAAGUAAAGCUGUCUGUGAGGUCUAACGGUCUGUUUUCAUGUGAAAAAAUAAAAAAAGUUUUUCUCAUGCCAUAGAGCUCUGCUAUGGAUCUGAAAGGUAACAAAAAAAAAUCUUUUCUUGUUUGUACAGUGUUCCUCCUUCUUUAGACUGCAAGCUGUAGUACACUGUGAACGUGUGAAUCCAUUGUGUCCUUUUGUCAUAGAGUCGAGCGGAUAGUUUGAUUGUGGAGAGACGUAGCCGGUAGUUUGUGACGGAAACUUUCCAACGUACAGAAGAAGUCUGACAGCAGCGAACUGGAAAGACACAGUGCCUUUGAAUAAGAAAACUGGUUCCAUUCCUCUCAGUGUCUGCAUUAAAAGUUUCACACCUCCAUCGUCCUGACGGUUUUUUCUUUUUAACACUUUUUCAUGGUUGUAAAAUUAGCAAAGCUUUGUUUCAACUGUCUCAUGCUCUGAGUGGACGUUUCAGUGUGUUUCCUGUACAUAGAUAUAUAUUCGGUUCUUCACACUUUCCUUGUUAAAUGAUGCUUUAUUACAAUUUGGAUCGUAUAUAUGUGGAUUUAAGCAUCAUUUCUGUUAUUAUGAUAUAAGUUAUACACAGAUGAUUUAUGUCUGGAGAUUGGAAAUGCUUAAAUGCAUGAACUUAAGUAGGUUUGAAGUCGUAUAAAAGAUGCUAAAAUAAGACCCAAGUUGUAAUAAACAGGAUUUAAAAGAAUAAAAGCUCGCAUCACAUGACAUCAAAGUCCAUCGACUCUUUGCUCAGGUCCCAUAUUCUCUAAAAUAUCUGAAAUAGUUCAAUUUGUCUGGAGCAAGCAUGCGGAAAUAUAUUCCAGAUGGAUAUGAUGUUUCUGUGGAGAAAAUAAUGAAGACUUCAUGAUCUGUAUUUUUUCCUGUGUUGUGUAACUUGUCCUGUUUCUCAAAUUCUGCUUCAAAAGAAACCUGUUUGUUUUUUCUCACGGAGCUCUGAAAUGUAAUAAAGGAAAAAAGGGAGAAGAAUCGUAAGAAAA